AUGGAUAAGCCAUUUGGCAGACUUAUCGACUCGAAUCUAUAUACGUUCUUUAUUGGCCCCGAUAAGGCUCGCUUUGAGGUUCAUUCUGCAGCCAUAGCGAAGCAGUCUCAUGCCCUAGACGCCCUCAUCAAUGGCAAUAUGGCUGAAGCGCACUCUAAAACUAUCACCUGGGCGGACGUUGAUGUUGACACAUUCGUUCGAUUUUGCGAAUUUUGUUACUUGAACGAUUACUCCCCGCCGAGCUGCCAACAGGCUAGCGAUGAUGAUAUGAGGGAUAGUGAGAUACCAGCCAUAGAGCCUGAGCCUAGCGGUUCCCCGAUAGAAUCACACACCGAGCACAAAUUUUCCGGACAUCUAGUUUCUUCGAGCAAGGACAAACCCGAAAUAAUCGAGAAACAGGCAUCCAGUGCUGCGACGCCUCUUUUCUCAGAAAAGGACUAUCCUCUUCCAGAAUGUUGUGUGGAAUUGAGGGAAAGGUUUGCUAUCUUCUCCAACGUAUCGGCAGAUCAGGAUUAUACCCCCGUCUUUCUCGGACACGCUCGGCUAUAUGUGGUAGCCGACAAAUAUGGAAUCCAGUCCCUUAAAGACCUCGUGCUGUGCAAGCUUUAUAAGACCUUGAAAAAUUUCACCUUCUUUCACACAAGGGUUGGAGAUAUCAUCAGUCUUAUCAGAUAUACAUACAAUGACGAGAAUACUCGUGGAGGCGUGGAUGGGAUGGAUGGCUUAAGGAGGCCGGUAACUCACUUCGUGGUAUAUUGGUCAGAUUGCAUUACCUGGCGUGACGAAUUUUUUGAGCUGCUGCACGAAGGUGGCGAGUUUGUCACGGAUUUCUGGAAGGUGGUGCGCGAGAAUGUUGACUUCCCUAUUCGGGAGCUGCCGUAG